AAACAUUAUAUUGUUUACUGUGGAUACACAUCCACAGCGUCAUAACAGACACGUAUGAUUUUGUACACUAAAUAUUUAAAGCCACCAGUUAACAAACUAAUAUGCUAUUUGACAAGAAAGAUCCCACACCUUCCGGUCCAUAUCCAGGGUACGAUGAGACAAACAACUACUACACUCCUCGGAAGGCACCUCGGGUAAGACCAGAAGCUGAGGAGUUUGCAAACAAAAAUAAAGGUUCUCUUGAUCUUUUUGGAAGUGGAACACCUAGAUCUAUUCCACAAACUCCAAGAUGUGAAACCCGAUGUCAGACGGAAGAUGGCAAGAGAAAUCAUGAACUUGGAAAGAAUGGCACUGUGUCUUGUCUUUUGAAUGGUUCAGCUACAUCCCGACCAGAACUUGCUCCGUGUCCCAGAGUUAAACCAGAAGCAGAAAACAUUGCUGAACAUCAUAAAGGAAAAUCUACUAGUGAACUGUUUAGUAAUCAUGGAAGACUUCCUGCUUCCGCUCGUAAAGAGCCUAGAGUUAAACCUGAAGCAACAGAAACUGCUAUGAAAAGUUCAGGAGAAUUUAUGCGUAACCUAAUGCACGAUCCAAGUAAAAUCCCCCAAUCAGGGAGAAAAGUACCAAGAGUAAAACCUGAGGCAUCUACAACAGCAUGCAGGGAGGGUGCAGAGAUGAUGAAAAAUUUACAAAGAUUUGGUACAUCUUUGUCAAAUCGCAUGCCACCUCGUGUGAAACCUGAAGCAGAAGAAAUUGCAGAGAAACAUCAAGGUGGACGCAUGAACAGUAUAUUGCAAAGAUAUGGCAAUAAUCCUUGUGAUAUACCUAAUCCACCAAGGGUCAAACCAGAAGGGGAAGAAAUGGCAAAUUUAGACAAAGGAGGACGUAUGGACAGACUGAUGUAUGAAGGCAGUAAAGCUCGUCGGUCCCCACGCCUGCCUCCCAGGGCAACUUCAAAAGAGGCAAAAUCCAUUGUUCGAAAGAAUCGAGGAACAAUGCAGGCAAUCUUAUCUUCUACUGGAAGUCAUAUGCUUGUUCCCUCUGUUGGAAGAUAAUUUUUUGUUUUGGUCCAUAUCAUUUGCAAAAUUAUAGCUGUCAUGAGUAGAAUUGUAGUUCUACCAAUUGUGUUGUUUUUAAACUUGUAAAAUAUUACACACCUGUAUCAAAGUGAGAGAACAUUUUAUUAAAUCUUUAAAACAAACUUUGAACAGUUUAGUAUAAUAUUUUUUUAUAUUUUUGAAUAUAAUAAUUAGUAUUAUUCAAUUUUUAUAUGCUCUAUAUACUAGUAACUAAUAUACAAUUACAAUACAAGGUCAAUCCUUAGAUAUAUAGAGAAAGCAUAUUGACCAAGUGCAAGGUGGAUAUGCUUUCUCUAAGGUCUAUAUAUCUAGGGAUUGUACCGAAUCAAAAGGCUACAAUUGUUUUAUUAUUUUUUAUCACUUAAUAAGAAAUGUCUUAAAAUCAAUGUUUCUAAUACUCAGUACCUUCUCAUAUAAGGCAUUGUUUUUGUCAUUUACUUUAUGAUG